UAUCAAUGCGCGGCUACUGGCUGGCCAACAAUUUUUAUCUCCAUUGUCAGAACGCAUUGCCUUUGCCACACCCUGUUCUUUGGAGAUACCAGAUCGUGAGCGAUUGCAGAGAUAGUGCAUACUGUACAUCAAGUGUGUCGUGCCCACACGACCAGGCUUGAACAAUUGACAUUGUUCUUGCGCAAAUUACACCGGCAUGUCGCCCGCAUUACUCACAGCAGUAGAUUCCACUGCACAUGUACACCUGAUCGUCGGCUCGAAUCCACUCGCAGGAGCACGAAUAAGUCGAUCGCUCGAGGUUGGCGCAACGCCGAUCCUUAUCGCUCCCGAAUCUGCAACGCUACACUACGGCCUUGCGAAACGGAUAGAAGAGCAUGCUGUACAAUGGGUGAAGCGCGACUUUGAAGAGACGGACCUCACGACAUUGGGGCGAGAUGAAGUCGACCAUGUCGUAGACGCAGUCUUUGUAACAGCAGGUGGCAAAAGUGCGGUUGGUACCAGGAUAUCUACACUGUGCCGAAGACUGCGAAUUCCAGUCAAUGUAGCAGAUGCGCCGAAUCUCUGCACAUUCACGUUGCUAUCAACACACAAUUCUGGUCCACUGCAAGUUGGCGUCACGACGUCCGGGAAGGGCUGCAAGCUCGCAUCACGCAUCAGAAGAGAAAUCGCUGCUGCACUGCCCAAUGACCUUGGACCUGCUGUGGACCGCCUCGGCACUGUGAGGAGAAAGAUUUGGGAGCAAGAUCAUGCUAGUGAGGCUGGUGGCGAUCUUGAAGCAGAGGAUGAAGAGACUGGACAAACGGCGACAUUCAACAAACUUGUACUGCCAUCAGACGCUGAAGCCGCGAAAGCUCGACGGAUGAGGUGGCUAUCACAAAUUUGCGAGUAUUGGCCACUGCGACGUCUCGCUGCGAUUACCGAUGAGGACGUGGAGCAGAUAUUGCAGGCUUACAAACAGGAAGCACAAAACAUACAGCUGGGUGAGACAAAGCCUCCAUUGAGUACGACAAUGCUCGACUCUCGCCGGAACCAGGGUCGUAUUAUCUUGGCCGGCUCUGGCCCUGGACAUCCGGAUUUGCUCACAACUGCCACGCUCAAAGCCAUUCGUGGCGCCGAUCUCAUUCUUGCCGACAAAUUAGUACCUGCGCCUGUGCUCGAACUCGUGCCCCGCCGAACGCCCAUUCAGAUCGCCCGCAAGUUCCCUGGCAAUGCAGAUCAAGCGCAAGAUGAGCUUCAUCGUCUCGGUCUCGAAGCCAUGCAGCAGGGCAAGACUGUUUUGCGACUAAAGCAAGGCGACCCGUAUCUGUACGGCCGUGGUGCAGAGGAAGUGGCUUUCUUCAGGGAACAUGGUUACGAGGCUAUUGUCCUACCUGGCAUAACUUCUUCCCUCAGUGCUCCUCUGUUUGCACAAAUACCUGCCACGCAUCGUUCGGUUAGCGAUCAGAUCUUGAUCUGCACGGGCACUGGCAGAAAGGGAGCGAGUCCAAAUCCGCCGGAAUACCUGAGCAACCAAACUGUGGUUUUUCUCAUGGCUUUGCACAGGUUACAAGAUCUGAUCACUAGUCUCGUUGAACAUAAGACGAGCGCAUACCCUUUGACGACUCCUUGUGCUGUUAUCGAGCGUGCUUCGUGCCCAGAUCAGAGAGUUAUCAGAACGACCCUUGAGCACGUUAUUGCUGCGAUCGAAGAGGAAGGGAGCAGACCACCUGGACUCCUUGUUGUCGGUGCUUCGUGCGAAGUCUUGAAGAAGAGUCCGCAGAAGUGGGUAGUCGAGGAUGGCUUUCAAGGUCUCGAUGCGCUCGAUUCGCUUGGAGAGAGUGGGAGAGGACUUGAUGGGCUACGAGACGCGCUCUUGACGCCUGGUGUGGAAGAGCCCGUCAAGACGCUGACUGCCCCUGUGACGGUAUAAAGUUGAAAUAGAGGACAUUUCUAGACGAGAACAAUAGAUCUGCUCUGCAGUCAUGACACUUUCGCACUCAACCUAC